CCCUCAUUUCUUCUACCUCCUGCGUGCCAAAUUUUUGGGAAUCGUAUCGGAGCUCAAGGACUCGUCUCGUCAAAGAGAAAGGAGGUUCCAGCUGAACCAAUUGCUCCUCCGCCCCAAAGAAUGCUAUUGAAUACUGUGCUAACUAGUCAAUAGUUGUGAGAAUACCCUUCAUGAAUGACGACUAUUCUCCUCGAUUCGAGCUCGACCAUAGUUUCCUAAGAACAUGGCUAACGUAUAGACCAGAUCUCGUUGAGAAGGACCGACGAUUCAUCCUAGACACCUUGGUCAAUGGCCUUUCCCGACUUGAAUACCGUGGAUAUGACAGUGCUGGUCUUGCCGUCGAUGGCGACAAGAAGAACGAGGUCUUUGCUUUCAAAGAGGUUGGCAAGGUGGCCAAAUUGAGACAACUCAUCGAGGACGAGAAGCCAGACUUCACCAAGGUCUUCGAUUCACACGCUGGUAUCGCACACACUAGAUGGGCUACCCAUGGCCCUCCCUCGAGAGUCAACUGUCAUCCUCACAGAUCCGACCCAAAAUGGGAGUUCUCUGUUGUACACAAUGGAAUCAUCACCAACUACAAGGAAUUGAAGACUUUGUUGACUGCCAAGGGAUUCAAAUUUGAGACUGAGACGGAUACGGAAUGUAUUGCCAAGCUCGCCAAAUACUUGUACGAUCAACACCCAGAUGUCGGAUUCACGGAUUUGGCAAAGGCUGUCAUCAAGGAGUUGCAAGGUGCCUUCGGUCUCUUGAUGAAGUCCGUCCACUACCCACACGAAGUUAUUGCCGCCAGAAAAGGUUCGCCUCUGGUCAUUGGUGUCAAGACACAAAAGCGUAUGAAGGUCGACUUUGUCGAUGUCGAAUUCAGCGAGGAUGGACCUCUACCAGCUGAGCAAGCAUCGCAGAACGUGGCUAUGAAGAAGUCGAACGUCGGAAACUUCCUUUCCGCCCCUGGAAGCCUUCUCGCCCCGCCGGACAAGUCGCUUUUGCACAGAUCACAAUCGCGAGCCUUCAUGACAGACGAUGGAGCCCCUAUGCCAGCCGAAUUCUUCCUCUCUUCUGACCCUUCUGCUAUUGUUGAGCACACAAAGAAGGUCAUGUACCUCGAAGAUGACGAUAUCGCACACAUCCAUGAGGGUUCUCUGAACAUCCACAGACUUACCAAGGCUGAUGGCUCCUCAAACGUCCGUAACAUCCAGACUCUUGAACUCGAGCUUCAAGAGAUCAUGAAGGGCAAAUUUGACCACUUUAUGCAAAAGGAAAUUUUCGAGCAACCCGAGUCCGUCAUCAAUACUAUGAGAGGUCGUCUUGAUCUCGAAAACAAGGUGGUCACUCUCGGUGGUCUGCGAUCAUAUAUUUCAACCAUUCGACGAUGCCGAAGAAUCAUUUUCAUUGCCUGCGGAACGAGUUACCACUCCUGCAUGGCAGUUCGUGGUGCAUUUGAGGAGCUUACUGAGAUUCCAAUUUCAGUCGAAUUAGCUUCAGAUUUCCUCGACAGACAAGCUCCUGUCUUCCGCGACGACACCUGUGUUUUCGUUUCACAGUCUGGUGAGACUGCUGAUUCUCUCAUGGCUCUCCGCUACUGCUUGGAGCGAGGUGCGUUGACCGUCGGUAUUGUCAAUGUCGUUGGUUCUUCCAUCUCUCUCCUGACCCACUGCGGUGUGCACGUUAACGCUGGUCCCGAAAUUGGUGUCGCAUCGACCAAGGCAUACACUUCUCAAUUCAUUGCUAUGAUCAUGUUCGCGCUCUCAUUGAGCGAGGAUCGCGCUUCCAAGCAAAAGAGACGAGAAGACAUCAUGGAAGGUCUCGGCAAGAUUUCUUCCCAGAUCAAGCACAUCUUGGAGCUUGACCAACCUAUCAAGGAGCUCUGCGCUAGAACCUUCAAGCACCAGAAGAGUCUUCUGCUUUUGGGCAGAGGUAGUCAAUUCUCUACUGCUUUGGAGGGUGCUUUGAAGAUUAAGGAAAUUUCCUACCUUCAUUGUGAGGCUGUCAUGUCUGGAGAGUUGAAGCACGGUGUCUUGGCUCUGGUAGACGAGAACCUCCCAAUCAUCAUGAUUCUCACUCGUGAUGAUAUCUUCGCCAAGUCUCUCAAUGCUUACCAACAAGUCAUUGCACGCAGUGGAAAGCCUAUCGUUAUUUGCAACGAGGGCGAUGAGGAAUUCAAGACUGGCAAGGCCGAGACCAUCGAGAUCCCCAAGACAGUCGACUGCCUGCAAGGUCUCCUCAACGUCAUCCCUCUUCAACUCAUGGCCUACUGGCUUGCAGUUGCUGAAGGCUUGAAUGUUGACUUCCCUCGAAAUUUGGCCAAGUCUGUCACUGUGGAGUAAAGUGGUAGAUUUCCGGUCUUUGUUUUUGCUUAUUAGCGUACUCAGGUAUGGGAAAAUGGUUACGGC